AUGGCAACUAGAACUAGAUCUAUCAGUGUGGCUUCUUUAUUUGGUCGAAAAAUUAAAGGGGUUAUUUUAGACAUAACAGGAGUUUUGAAGGAAGGAGGCUCUAAUGGCGGCACUGCUGUUGCUAAUUCCAUAGAGGCUCUUAAUCGGUUGCAAGAUAGUGGGCUUGCUAUCAGAUUUUGCACUAAUGAAACCACUGUCACACGAAGCACCCUGGUGGAUAUCCUCAGAAAGCUGGGAUUUACCAUUGAUGAAAAGAAAGUUUUUCCCCCAAUCCCUGCAAUGUGCUGUAUUUUGCGUGAGAGAAAUUUAAGACCUCAUUUACUGGUCCACCCAGAUGCGCUUCCUGAUUUUGAUGGCAUUGACCAGACAGAUCCUAACUGUGUUAUUAUUGGAGAUGCAACACACCAGUUCUCUUAUGAAAAUAUGAACAAAGCCUUUCAGUGUCUUAUGAAGCUAGAAAAGCCAAUAUUGUUUGCACUGGGGAAAGGAAAGUAUUAUCAAGAAGAUGGUGAAUUAGUAUUAGAUGUUGGGCCAUUUUUGAAAGCUUUAGAAUAUGCCACAGAUGUAAGAGCUGAAAUUGUAGGAAAACCAUCUCCAUCUUUUUAUAAAACUGUUUUACUGGAUAUGGGUCUGGAUCCAUCUGAGGUGGUUAUGGUUGGUGAUGAUAUCGUUGGCGAUGUAGGGGGAGCUCAAAGCUGUGGCAUGGCUGGUGUUUUAGUUAGAACUGGAAAAUUUAGAAAACAGGAUGAAAAUCAUCCAGAUGUAAAGCCUGAUGCAAUAAUGGACAACUUGGCACAGUUUGUUGAUAAACUUUUAAGCCAUGCUUUGUCAUAGUAAAGAUUUUACUUUGAUUUGCAUGUUGACUGUUUUCAUCAGUAUUUUUUUUGCUCAGCUAUGGUUGUAUAUAAAAUGUACUAAGUUUUUAUUUAUUACUUCUUGUAAGAUAUUUUGUUUAUGUAUGGAUGUGGGAUAUUUUCUUGUAGAAAAAAAAUAUUUUUCUCAUUGGUUUGCAUUUUAUAUUGCAAAUAUUUGUGAGAUUAUGUUUGGUUAUAUAAAACCUGCACUGAAUCAGGAAUUUUUUCAACACUAUGGAAAGUUAUCAACAUUUUUAAUUUUUGUAGCAAUCAUCAAUGACACUGUAGUUGUUUUUUUUUUAAGUAUUAGUCUUAUUUUUUUAAUUCUAAAAAUGGCAUUAGUUGAAAUACACAAACUAAAAAUGUUCAGAUUUU